GUUUAAAUGUUCAGCUCAUCUGUCACAAUUUAGUCCACUAUCAGUAUCAACAGACGACAUCCAAAUCUUUUUGGGUAUAUGGUUGGAUCCCUACCUGAAUCAUGGGGCACCUUGUUCUUUUUGGUUUUAUGUUAGGUUUAACCCUUGCAUCCCCAACCAUAAGACCUCAGGAGCCUGAGAGAGACCAGAAGAUAAUGAAUUUGACUAUGGACCCUGGAUACAUGGAAACAUAUGAAAAUAAUUACACAAAACAUAGCAAAGUAAAAGCAGGACAAGAAAAAAAACAGCCACAACAUGCAGAGAAAGUAAGAAUAGACAAUAGAAGAGAAUCGUCCACCAACGAUAUUACUGAUAACCAAGACAAAACUAUCGAAACAAUGUUUAAUAAAACAAAAGGGGUUGCAGCUGAAAUUAUAAGUGCCAACCUAAAAAGUCUAAAGCAUUUUCAUAAAAGAAGUGCUGAAUUCUCCAGUGAUCAGUAUUCGAGUGAACCAAAUGACUCCACCACAUUUCCUUACCCAGGUGACUCCUCACAGGAUACAAGUGAAAAUCAUGACAGUGCCAGUUUAAAUGACCCUAACAAUACAGGUUCAAGUGAAUGUAGUAAUGCUGCGGGAUCUUCAGAAUCCAGCAAUCCUACUGGGUCAAAGAAAUCAGAUAUACUCAGUAGUUCCGAGGAGUUCACCUACAAUUAUGAUUCCCAGGAAACGACUCAUGCUGGAUCAGAUGAGUUAAAUGGAUCAUCUGUUUUAAAUGGUAUACCAAUCCAAUCAGAUUCAAGUGAACCUGAUAUGCAGUAUAGUAUUUUCACAACACCAGAUGAUGUUUCUGAGAACUCUAAUGAAUCCGGAGAUACCAGCAAGAAAGCUGAUGCUGGGCUUUCAAGUGAGUCUCAAAGUGUCAGUAGGUCUAGUGAAUCAAAUGACCAAAAUGAUUCGAGUAAAUCCAGUAGUUCAAGUGAUUCCAGCACUUCCAGUGAAUCCUCAGAGCCCAUGACUGCCACUACUACAGACAAACUUAUCUAAAAAGUGGAAUACACAGAUAAUAAAGAUUACCAUAUGGUGUCACUUUCAACUGUUUAUGUUUAAAAGACAUGUGUUUGAACUAUCAUGUCAUGAUAAAACAUGCUUUGCCACAAAUCCAAAAGUGUAUGUCAAGCUCAGUGGGGAUGGAUUUGAACUCCUGUUAUUUCUUUACCAUAUGUUGGGGUUCAUUAGAGAGAUUUGCCUUUACUUCCUGUCUUGCUGAUAAUGCUUUCACCAGACAGUGAGGAAAAAUCUGC